AUGCCGAAAAGAAAAAAACAUAAAUUGGGGGGAAUAAAAGAAACUCCAUUUCAACAUACAUUUGUUAUGAAACUUUUCGACAGAAGUGUUGAUUUAGCACAGUUUGAAGAAAACACUCCACUUUAUCCGAUAUGUCGAGCAUGGAUGGCAAACAAUCCGAGAUCAUUUGUAAAUUCAAGAUUAAACAAGGAUUCUUGCAAAAAGAUAAAAAAAGAAGACAAGAGAGAAAUAAGUAAGAAAUUUAAAUUAGAAGAUUUAUUAUUAAAAGAAGUGUACGGUUUACCAGCUCCUCUACCAUCGGAUAAUUCGACUGUACCAUUACCCACAUUUCCAAAAAAAGAAUUUGAGCUUCCAUCGGAAAAUGAAAAAAAUCAACCUACGAAAGAAGUUUUAUUGGCAAAUCACAUAACACAUUGGACAGAAGUUAAAAAAAAAAAGAAAGCAGAAGCAUUUAAAAGAGAACAACGUUAUGCACCGAGUAAAAAAUUAUUAAGACGUAUAUUUCACGGAGCACAAUAA